AUGGCAGAAGAAAGUUUAAAAUCGACCUCCAAUAGACAAACAGACCAGUUAUCCAACGACGACAGUUUAAACGUGUCUCACAGUAACACAGGUGCCUCUUUAACGAGUGAUACCGGUGAAGUGCGCAAUCAGUUAUUGAACCAAAAUGAUAAUAUCAUCAAUGAAAAUCAAUUGUCGGAAAAUCCUGAAUUAAAUAUUGCGAGUGAAGAGUUAAAUAAUGUAAAUAGCGAUAUAGAUAUUAAAUCAGAAAAUCAAGCUAAGGAUUCAGCCUUGACGUCUAGUGGGUGUGGAAUAGAACAGAAGCAACAGGAAGCACGUAUAAAUGAAGACUUGGACACUGGACCUUUAAAUGAUCCUGGACAUUCCGCAGUAUUAGAUGAGGAAGCGAGUGUACCAGUAGUAGGUAACAACAUCGCCAGUGAUACUAAACAGACCUUAGGUGAAAACGCUAACACAGACAGCGAAGGCUUACUUGAGACAGCUCCUGUUACUGUCAACCCUUCUCAAGCUGAUAGUGAAACUAGUAAACCGUCUGAACGUCUUGAAAGCGGACCUCUCGAUCACAAUAAUUCACUCGAUGACAAAAUCUCCACAGAAGAGACCGACGUUGACACGAAAGCACAUGGUGGACGUCAAACGCCUGAACAGGAACAAACAAACACUGACAGUGCAAAACUUAAACACACACCGGAGUUGUCGUCGGAGAAAUACGAAAACGAAGAUCAUGGCGUACCUAAUAGCGACUCAGAAUGUUUAGCUGAUUCACAGGCUCAAGCAAUUGCCUAUUCUCCAAAACCAGUGCCAGAAACAGAAACUCAUUCAGACGAAAAACUCCUUAAAGAAAACCUCACAUCUGACGAGCAAUCAGAUUUCAUCAAUGAAAUCAGUGGAGUUGAAUCAAAUAAUAUAGACAAAGAAAGUACCUCUCAAUCUGGCCAUAUAGAAGAGGUUCUACCUACCGAAGACACCGACGUAGAGGGAACUGCAAGGAUCGAUAAGAACCAAUAUCAGAAGAACGACAACGGUCCACAGUGUGCGGAAUCGGUGAACACGAAAUCUGAUUUACGAGAUGAUCUAAAGGAAUCGAGGGACCCUGCUUUAGCAGCAAAUGAUGGAAACGGUGCUCAAAAUGGUUCUACUGAUGUAGGUAAUAUUCCAUUACCCGAGCAAUCCCUUACACAGCCUGUUAGUGACAAAUCCGACACAAAUGACGAGGUUUCAAAUGUGACAGAGAAACCGCAUACUACAAUAGACAAGCAAGGUGAAAAUAAUUUAAAAACUGAGAACGCAAUAGAAAGCGUUGAAAUAUUUAAAGAAACAAAACUAGACAAUAGUGACAUAUCUAAAGAAAAUGACGAAAGUGAAUCACUUGAUGGUAUACAACAUGACGAUUCUGAGACGCAUGACAGUAACGAAACAGUUGAAAAAGUGACCGGUCAAGAAGUUGAUGACAAUUUGACGAAAGUUGUUAUAUCAGAAGAAGGAAUACCUACAGUGUCACAAACAAACAUCAAGAAAAGUAUAACAGAGAGUGAACUAUCUGAGUCAAAUUUUCAAGCUCCUAGUUCGUCACAUGAGGCGGACUUAUCUGGAAACCCAAACGGACAAGAAAUACCUGAAGAAAUAUCGGAAGAAAGGUCUACAGACGAAAGGAACUCAGUUGGGGAGGUAGAAGAAGAUCUUAUACCUUCCGAAGACAAACCAGAGGAUACAGUUGAGGAAACAGAGGACAAAGAGAUAGAGGAAAAUAUAGACGAAAGAGAGGAGACAGGAUCAGUGCAUUCAGAGGCGUAUAGUGAAGAUAACGACCACGAGGAUAAAUCAGACAUGGCAGAAAAAACUGAAGAAACACCUUUGAAUGAAACUAGGGAAAAUGAAGAUAUACAAUCCGCUGUGGUAGAAAAGGAUAAGGAAUUACCAGUGAGUGAAACAAAGGAAAUUGAAGAACCUAAAGAAGCAAUUAAGAGCGAAAACGAGCAAACAGUAAUUUCUGAUCAGACCGAACAAGGACAAGCUAAUACAGAAAGCAUUGACCACAAUUCCACUAACGAAGAUACAUCUGAGACAAAAAAUGCAAAUGAUUUACAGACUUCUGAAAGCAAAGAUCGGCCGCCUGAAAUGAAAGAAGAGUCUGUAACGAAAGACACAUCAGAUGGACAUGUGACCAAUGAAAAUUUGCCGGUCGUUGAAAAGCCACCAUCCCCGGAACCAACGAAACAAGAACCAUCUCCAGAACCAGUCAAACAGUUAAGUCCAUUAGAACAGCUAUUGGAAAGAAAUGUAGAAAUUGAUGGAAAUAUUGACAGCAUACCAGAGCUGGAGACGCAGGUUACAUCGCUGUUAAAAAGCAUGACAAUGGUGAUGAAACACUACUCGGACAUUUUAAAAGUACAGACGUUGAAGGAUUUUACAGUGGAUUUAGGGAAAUUUAGAGGCGAUUUUCUCUCAGUAAAUGAAGCUCUAAAGAAAGCUGGUGUAAUGUCUUCUAACAUUAAUAAACACUUAAAGGAACUUAGACAAGAUACCGAGGAAGUAAGAUCCCAGAUAACACGAAAGUUUCAACAAGAAGACCUUAGUACCUGGAUUGACCAAACACCAGAAAAGGAGAAAGAAAAAGAUAGGCUACAAGAUGUUGCCAAUGCCGAGGAAAAGGCUGCGAUGGCAAAGGCGGCGGAGGCGCGACACGCGGUGGCGGUGGCAACCAAAGGAGUGGCGGAGGCUAAGCAACUGGCAGCGGAAAUGGAGACCCAGGCUGCCGAGGCGGAAGCCUUGUCACGACGUACAGAGGCACAGGCGGAAAUUGCCAUAGCCGCAGCUGAAGAGGCCCGCAUAGCGGCGGAGGAAAGACGCAAGGCGGAGGAAGCGGCCAAGCGGCGGGCAGAGGAGCGGGCGCGAGUAAAGGCUGAACAGGACGCACAACGGAAAGCCCAGGAAGAAAUGAAGAUCCAUCAGGAGGCUGCGAGGAAAGGCACAGAUGUGGCUGACGAGAGACGGACGUUCAUGCAGGAAAAAGAGAGGAAGGAACUAGAAAGGAAAAAUCCGAAAAACUGGCCAAUUUUCUCAUUCGACGCGAAGGGUUUUGAUUUUCGGCCACCUAUCGGUGUUAUCAUCCGGUCCAUCGAGGGAAGCAUGCGCAAAUCAGAUGUCAAGUGUGAGGUUUUCGACCAAUCAACUGGCGUGCUGGUGUUAAACGAGGCCGAGGAGCUCGUCAGCAAUAUUGUAAACAUCAAACAGACAGACCCAGAGAUGAAGUUUUCUUUUGACGAGCCGAUGUCGAUCUCAUUUCCGGUGAGCUUUUCGCGACUGCCCACGGGCAAGGAGACGGCCGUCCGCUGUCUCACACCGCAAGGAAAGUGGCUCGUCUUGCCAACCAACGACGUGUAUUUCGACGAGUACAGAGAAGUACGGUUUGUUGAAUGCCGAUGUCGCGAGCUGGGGACGUUCGCCGUCGUGAUGCGACCGAAGCGUGACACUCUGACGUUCACGCGGCGCGGUAACAAACCCACGUGCAGCUUCGACUCCCGCCUUUUCUUCCUGAACCGCGCCGGAACGUUCCGGUCCAACGUGAACGCAACGCUGGAGGUGAACACACUAGACAUGAACGCGGUGACGGAUAUUCGGACAAGGGCUCCCCAGGAGUGCGAAGACUUGCUGACGGCCAGCCCCUUCGUCAACUUUCGUCUGCCACCCGCCUCGCACCUACUCAAGCCUCUUACCGUCACUGUUCCCCUGCCACAAGUACAGAGGCGGCCCGCCACAGCCGGUGUCCGUGAGACCAAGGCCGUCGACUCCCGCCCGGCAACCGCCCGGGCCUCGGUAACGAAGGAAGAAGAGUCGACCGACGACGUGCACGUUCUCACAAGGGAAGAAAAUGGCGCAUGGAGCGUCCUAAAUGACGUCAUGCUCGUUCAACCAAAGAGCAAGGACGUCGUCUAUUUCGACAUAACUAAGCCACACGACAGGUUGUUGUUAUUGCGGACGAAGCCCGGAAAGAAGCUCCGCGCUGUUGAGACGAUGGCCACUUUACUCGAGCAGGCGUCGAAGAGACGUAACGUCAAAAUUAUAUUACGUCAACGUCAGUCUAACGUCCUAGACGUGCGGGUGGCGUGCACGCUCUCAAACAAGACCGACAGGACGUUAAAGACGCUUGAGGAGGCUGGGUACACGGAGGGGCCGGCCCCAAGCACGGACGUUCAGCUCCACGAGGGACAGCAGCUGUACAUUAAGUUCAGGGGUAACCUGACCUGCACGAGCAAAUCACCCCGCCUCUCAUUUAUCUUCAACAGCAACAUACGGACGUUUCGCGACUUCCUGGUGUGCGAGUUAGACGUCUUCGCCCAGAAGGGGCUGCAAUGCUUCCGCGGCUUUGUCCAGAUCUUGACCACGGCACUGAUACCAAGACCACCCACGCCGGGCGCACCCAAGAACACUCCACCAGAAAUGGUUGAGGCUGAAAUCCUUCUUGCCGAGCUACUCGUGGAGUUGCCUAAGCCUGAGGCCGGGCCUCCUAAGCCGCUUGACCAGGCGCCGUUGUUCUUGAAAGAAGGUCCAUUGACAAACGGUGUGUUGCGGCUAAUAGCGGGCCAGCUUGGGCAGGAGUGGCGGGAUCUUGCGGCGCAGCUCUCCCUCCGGCCCGUGCGCAUUCAAGCCAUCCUCCGCCAGCACGUGAAUAAGAACACGGCGGACACCAGAUACGAUAUGCUACUCACGUGGGCCAAGCGCGUGCCCCGGGCAGUAGAUAAGGUCCAGAUCCUUGUAAACGCGCUGGAGGCGGUCGGUCGGAAGGACCUCGCGGAGGACGUACGUAAGAAGGGCAUCCGCUACCGGGAGGAGCGAGCGAAUGGAGCCAGAACCUCUCAUCUGAAACAGGCGUUUGUAAAAGUAGCAAAAUCACACGACGUGUUCCAGAAAUGGAAGCAGUUCGCAAACAAACUGGGUGUGCCUAAGACAGAUAUAGAGGGUAUCGAGUCCCGUGGCGGUUCCGGUCAGGAGAUGUGCUACUCCAGCCUCGAGAAGUGGUCGGCGUCUGCCGGAGAUCAGGCCACCAUCGCCACCCUCGCUCGACUUCUUCGCUCUGACCGCCAGGACAGGCUAUCACGUGACGUGGAGUCUAUAAGUUUUAUGAGCGCCAUGAACGUGUCGUAGACAGCAGCGUUACGGUAACGUCUCACCGCUGUCACGUUGAUUGUUGAAAGCAGUUGUAAUUUUAAUACUUUACCCCACUUGCACCGAUCAUGAUAGACAACAUAUCUGUGUUUUGAAAUAUGUGUUAUAGUGCCUUUUCAAUGCUUCUUCUAUAUGUUUUAUUUUUAUUUUUAUAUUAUUUAUGUAAGUUUGAUUCUGA